AUGGAGGUUCCAGAACACCAACCCCCGGACUACUCGGGCACGACAUCUUUUCCAGACCUGAUGAAUGAUCCGGCCUAUGCUACCAACACCAAAGGAAAGGGGAGGGACAUCGAGGAUCCUGAUACUUGCCGAAUAUGUCGCGGGGAAGGGACGGAGGAAGAGCAGCUCUUCUAUCCUUGCAAAUGCAGUGGGAGCAUCAAGUUCGUUCACCAAGCAUGCUUGGUUGAGUGGCUGUCGCACUCCCAGAAGAAGCAUUGCGAGUUGUGUAAAACGCCGUUUCGAUUUACUAAACUGUACGAUCCGAACAUGCCUCGAAACCUCCCCGCGCCGCUGUUCAUGAAACAGCUCUUCAUACAUACCUUUCGGACAAUGGUGACAUGGUUUCGAUUUGUCCUUGUCGCGUUUGUUUGGCUUGGAUGGCUGCCGUGGUCGAUGAGGGCAAUCUGGCGGGCUCUCUUCUGGCUGGCAGAUGGCCGUUGGUCCGGUGGUGAUAUGCCUCGUCAAGGAUCUCCCCCCGGUCAUGGGUCUCAUUCCGUGGACAAUGUAUCCGGCACGUUCAGCAGUGCAGCGGCCGGUACGGCUUCCGCAGUGUCGGCUACCAUCUCCCCAGGCUCGACUGAUGUCCCGGCGCCGGUACCGUCAAUGUUCGGUUUCUCAUCAGGUGAGCCUUUGAUGUUCAGUCUGAUAAAGAACGCCUUUUCGAGCCUUUUGUUCCCCGCGAUGUCGUCUGGGGCUGGUCAUACGGAUUCAGCAUCAUCGAACGCCACUGUUGGGCUCUACAAACCCCGUCGCUCUUCAUGGCUUUCUGAUGUCAAAUUCUUGAACUCUCUAACGCCAUCUCCCACCUUCAACAACAUCUUGAUCGACACAUUGGAAGGACAACUCAUUACUGUCUUAGUUGUGGUCUCCUGCAUACUGAUAUUUUUGAUUCGGGAGUGGGUGGUUCAACAGCAACCAACGGCCAAUAUCGCAGAAGGGGAACGGGAGGCCGCUGUCCAGUUAAUCGCUAAUAACCGCCCGAAUCAAAAUGAAGAUAUACCGAGACCCGGUGAGCAGCCUGCUCCGGAACAGGAAGAAGCAGAAUUACAGGGAACUGCCCGCGGGUUCGAUAACGCAGACGAGGUAGCGCCUCCCCAAGAGCAGCAAAGGCCCUUUCAUGGCCACUCCUUCAUCCAAGACGAUAAUUUGGCCCACCCAGAAGCCGCGGAAGAUUUCAGUACUCAGCACUACGGCGGCAAUGAUUAUGAUGAAGAUCCUUCAACGGGACAACAGUAUUCCCAAAUAGGUCAGGUCUGGCCCGGUACCGCUAUUUUUCGGGACAUCUGGUCGCGUGCUCAGGGUAAUCCUGAGCAGGUCCUUAAUAUCAUCAGAGAAGAGAACCGUGAGGUAGAAUUGGACUGGAUCGUCACGGCGAUGACUAACUUGCGGCAAAAUCGACCUCCUGACUUCUUUCGACGUGGAACGGCGACGCAGCCCUAUGAGACGGGUCCCAGCACGGAUGCAUAUGAUGCAAACAUGUAUGAUUCCCAGCCUAUGUUCACGGAAUCUUCUCAGUCGGCAUAUGGAUAUGAACGGCCAGAAGAUUACACUACGCAUUGGGAUGCUUCAAGUUCAUUCAACCCAGAAAUUGAAGCUUCUGACGACAUAGAGCGAUCGCAGAGUCCAUUUGCUUUCCACUUUCCAGAUCCAGGAUCAAAUGCUUUGGGCCAGGCUCAGGAUGAUAUCCAUGCCACCAAAACCUACGAUGACGAACCUUAUGUCCAUGAAGCUCCUGUCACUACCCCUGUUGCUGCGGUUGCUCCAGCCCCUGCUCCAGCCGAACCUUUCGAGGCCAAUGAUUCUGCCGGUAGGGCGGGCGACGUCCCGAACAACACCCCGACAUCGGUUCCAAAUGACAACCCGGCUGCUCCUGCUCCUCCCAAAGCGAUGGCUACUCGGGUUCUUGAUUGGUUUUGGGCCGAUAUCACUCCAGAUGAGCCGGCUGAAGAACCCCCGCAUGAAGAUGGAGAGCAUAUAGUUGAAGACCCCGCAUUAGAACCGCCUUUUGUGCCCGUGCAAAACAAUCAGCGCGCCAUCAACAACGCUGUACAGGAUAACCAAGGUCUACUUGCGGACGCUGGACUCGAUCCAAACGAUAUUGAAGCUAUUGAGGACGGCGACGAUCUGGAAGGAAUACUUGAGCUUAUUGGUAUGCACGGUCCGAUUUUCGGUCUCCUACAAAACGGUGUUUUCAGUGCCCUUCUCAUCUCGUUCACGGUCGCAAUUGGAAUCUGGCUCCCCUACCUGUGGGGUAAAAUUGCGCUUGUUCUCCUAGCAAACCCCAUACAGCUUGUCUUUGGUGUGCCAAUGACUGCAGUAUCAGUUUUCGCCGAUGUUACGCUUGAUACACUUAUUGGUAGCCUGGGCUAUGUCAUGUACUGGGUCACUCUUCUGUGCAAGGUGUUCCUCAGUCCUCUCGGUGCUCUGUUGCCCAUUGGAGACUGGGUCCCACACACCAAAUCCAUCACCAGUGCUUCGCUUUCGCUCAUUGAUGCUAGCAGUCAUCGACUGAAGAAUGUGGCGAGCGCAUUUUUCGUGUUUCAUGAAGCGGAUGUUCCUAUGUUUUCCGUUCUCUCUCACCAAGCAUUGAAAAUCCACCAAGCACGGAUCGCCACUCUUCUACGAUCCGUUUUCGUCGUGGUCAAGUUUGUAUUGCACGAUCUGCCACUUCGAUUGGUCUCCCACGGGGUCAUUGGUGCCUUUGCGUUUGAUCGCGAGUCCCUUGAUCUAAGUGAUUGGUUGUUUCAAAUUCAGUAUCAAAUUACGAAUUUCAUGGAACGCCUCCCGCUGUCCUUCAAUGGCACGAAGUGGUUCAAAGCCAACAUGAUGGGCCUGCCGCCGGCAGCUAGUAUAACCCUCGAUACUGAUCUCGCUGUGUGGGAUACCCAAGAUCGUGUUAUUGCCAUCGUCAUGGGCUAUCUUCUUGUCUCGGCUCUGGGCCUCCUCUACCUACGUGCUACCGCUCUGAUAUCUGGUGUGGCUCGAGGACAGAGAGUUGAAGGCAUCAUUGCCGAGGUUCUCAAUCAAGCUGGAGGAGUUAUGAAGGUAAUCCUCAUAAUCGGAAUUGAGAUGAUCGUGUUCCCCCUUUAUUGUGGAUCCUUGCUAGACGUUGCAUUGUUGCCUCUUUUCGAAGGCGCAUCCAUUACCUCCCGAAUUGAAUUCACCUCCUCAUCGCCCCUCACUUCGCUCUUCGUCCAUUGGUUCAUCGGCACCUGCUACAUGUUCCAUUUUGCUCUUUUCGUUGCCAUGUGCCGAAAGAUCAUGAGGAGUGGCGUGUUGUAUUUCAUUCGCGAUCCGGAUGACCCGACCUUCCAUCCCGUUCGGGACGUGCUGGAGCGCAACAUCACCACCCAACUACGCAAGAUCGCAUUCAGUGCCUUGGUUUAUGGUGCUCUGGUAAUUGUGUGUCUCGGAGGUGUUGUGUGGGGGCUGUACUUUGCCUUUGACGGGGUUUUACCGAUUCACUGGUCUGCCACUAUUCCGGUCCUUGAAUUCCCGGUCGACCUGCUGUUCUACAAUUUCCUCAUGCCGCUUGCAAUUCGCUCCAUUAAACCUUCUGAUGGCCUGCACGGUCUCUACAAUUGGUGGUUCCAUAAGUGUGCCCGCUUCUUGCGCCUGACCGAGUUCUUCUUCGGCGACAGAAAACCCGACGAAGAAGGAUAUCAUGUGCGACAAACAUGGUGGCAUUUGUUAACACUAGCCCAAGGGGAUUUUUCGGAGCCUGUGCAUGCUGAUCAGCACGACCAGACAGCGGCAGAUGACAAGACUCCGGACGUCUACUUUGUUCGAGACGGAAGAUACGUUCGUGCCCCUGCCUCUGACCAGGUCCGCAUUCCCAAAGGCAGCCAGGUCUUCUUGGAAGUAUCCGUAUUCAACGAGCGGGUUGACGGGGCCACAGACAUGGACGAGGGUUUGCAUGGCCGAAAGAAUGACAUGUUCACGAAGGUUUACGUCCCUCCGUUCUUCCGAAGCAGAAUUGCCGCCUUCAUUCUCUUGAUUUGGGUGUUUGCAGCCGCCACCGGCGUAGGCACCACCAUUAUCCCGCUGAUUGUUGGACGCAAGCUGUUGUCGUCAUACUUUCCCAACCGGCCACUGAAUGACAUCUAUGCUUUUUCCAUCGGUAUCUGUAUAGUCGGCGGGGUGGUGUUUGCUGCCUGGUACUGCAAGAACCGUGCUGCCUCGGUCAAAGACCGCUUGGGACCGUAUUUGCAAUCCCCUCACCAGGCCUGCCUCGGAUUAGCCAAUGUAGCCAUGAACGGUCUCCGUCUCAUCUACAUUUUCACCGCCUUCUCUGUGGUGUUGCCGUCGCUGUUUGCUCUGGUGGUGGAACUUUAUGUGCUGGUCCCAGUGCACACAUACCUGGGCGGUACCCAGGCCCAUGUCAUCCACUUCGUUCAGGAUUGGACACUGGGGGUGCUCUAUGUCCAAAUGGCCGUCAAAUUCGUGCUGUGGAAUUCGACCUCUCGGCCGGCGGCCGCGCUGAACGGCAUCUUCCGGGACAGCUGGUUGAAACCCAACGUGAACCUUGCCACGCGGGCACUAUUGCUCCCAAUAACGCUUCUCGCAGCCGUUGCAGUGUCUUUGCCCCUCUGUUUGGGAUUCGGUUUGAACGCGACCAUGUUCCACUCAGCCCCCGAAGUGCAGUCUAAGGUUUACCGCUAUGCGUACCCAGCGACGUUGUUCAUGAGCCUACUGGUUUGGCUCGCUUAUCUUGUCCGUCGACAGGUAGAGAUCUGGCGAGUCAACAUUCGGGACGAUGUCUAUUUGAUUGGGGAGCGUCUCCAUAAUUUCCGGGAGAAACGCGCAAGGGAUGUUGGUGUGCCUCGACAAGUCAUCACGGGAUGA